AUGAACAGCUCUUAUUUUUACAUCAUUGAAUUAUUUUCAGUUGUACAUGUGGGUUGUAUUGAACGUGGUGGUUGUAUUGAAUGUGGUGGUUGUAUUGGAUGUGGUGGUUGUAUUGGAUGUGGUGGUUGUAUUGGAUGUGGUGGUU